AUGGCGAAGAGUGUGAGAGAAGCUGUCAGAGCCAAAUGGGCUUCAGUCGAGUAUGGUGAAUUGGCAAAAACCACCGGUGGUAAGAGUGAUGAGGUUAAGGUUGUUGUAGAUUUGACGUCUGAAGGCGAUGAGGAAGAGAUAAUUGAAUCGGAAUCAGAGGUAAAAGAGAUAUGGCCUUUUAAACUACUUAGAAGUGAGCUAUACGAAGAGAAAUGGACAGGAGACCAAGAGCAUGUCUUGGAUAUGCAAGAUCUAUUGGGUGACGAGUCACUGGAAACUGUAUACCUUUUCUCUUAUCAGUUUGAGAUGGAUUGGGUGCUGGGGAUGAUUGGAAAGGAUGUAGAGGUAGUAGUUAUUGCUCAAGAGGGUACAAUUAUACCUGCAAGCCGACAUACGGGCCACAGGGUGCGGUACAAUACUGUUCAAAUGCCAAAAUUCUGUAGCCACCAUUCCAAGAUGAUUAUCGGGUUAUUCAGGAAUAAGAGCUGCAGCAUUGCAAUACCUUCGAACAACCUAACAGAGAUGGAGUCCAGUAUGCCGCAGCAGAUCGUUUGGAUAUCUCCGCGACUGCCUUUUGGCCCAAGGAGCACGCGUUCUGCGUUCCAAAGUGAGCUUAUUCGGUACCUAGAGAGGUACCCAUCACCGAAUAGGGAGCUUAUUGCUAAACUGCGAAACAUUGACUUUAAGCCGCUGGAAUCUACCGGCGCUGUAUUCGUAUUCUGUGCGCCCGGGGGCGACGCUAACGACAAGUCUGGAUUAGCAUUAUUAAUAGACUACAUCGAUGAUACUCACAACAGCGAAAACGAGGCCAAGCAACAUAGGCACUAUUUUUGUCAAAGCAGUAGCAUAGGCGGUCCAUUGAGAUGCCAGUCAUCUGAUGGGCCUCGGAACAUCUUUACAAACCUUAUGGUUCCAAUGUUCGCUGGUAUACUAUCUGCUCUACCAAGGAAUGCAAGAGCAUGCCCAGGAGUUAAUGUCGUGCAAUUGCUGCAAGACAACCGAGUACACCCCCAUAUAAUGUACCCUACUGUGCAGGAGUUAGCUGAAUGUAGCCCAGGCUGGCUGGCGGGUGGCUGGUUCCAUUUUCAUCACGGCAAGGGCGGCGUUGCAGCGCAACAGUACGAGUUCUUGCGAGACAACGGCUAUUUCAUAAAGCAGAAAGAAUAUAAGUCGAGGCCUGGAGCAAAUGUUCCAAUCCCGGUCAUGAAAAGAGACAAGGUGCCUUGUCACACUAAGUUUUAUAUGAUGUUCAAAAGUGCUAAUCCAGACAAUUGGAAGAAUGAUGACUGUUCAUGGGCUCUUUUCACAACCUCUAAUUUAUCAGGACAUGCCUGGGGCUCGCCGCCAAGUUAUAGACCCAAGAACUACGAAUGUGGUGUACUUUACAGAUCUUCUUCUACAACCAAAAUUGAUGUCACAUGCUCAAAAGAUGUGGCUUAUUCCUAUUUUCCAACGCAGUCCCUUGUCACUAACGCCAGAAAUUAUAGCAUGAUAAUUAAAGUCAUGACACCCUAUUGGUUACCGGCAGUCAAAUACUCAACAUCUGACGAGGCGUUUUGCAUAAGCUCGAAUUAUGCGAAGCUUGACGUAAACGGUACAUCACUAAAAAGCUUAGCUCUAAAUGCGUGA